AUGGCUAGUGUGCGUACAUUUUACAUCGCAGCAUUCAGCAUUCCUUUAAAAAUUGGUGACUUGGCGAUCUUUCUUACUUAUCAAGUUCCCUCUGGAAAUCCUCAUGUUUAUCGACAACCAGAUUCUAAUACUUCUGGAAAUUAUCACAAGACUAUGGUCAGCUUACACAAGAAAUAUGGUAAAGUUGUGAGAUUUGCACCAAACGAUUUAGACUUCGCAUCUCCUCAAGCAUAUCAAGACAUUUACAGCCAUUCAAAGCAAGGGAAAAAUGCAUUUCUCAAAGGACGAGCCUACAAUACAGGUUCAGAAGCCAAUGCAGGUAUUGUUUCGGCAAGAGAUCCAGCUGUCCAUCGAGAAAUUAGAAAGUGUCUUUCUCAUGCUUUUAGUGCAAAAGCUCUUCGACUUCAGGAAGAAGUGGUGAUGCAAUACAUGGACUUGCUAGUUUCUCAAAUUCAUCAACGUAAAGAUGACGAGAAGGGAUUAGAUUUAUCGGCAUGGUAUAACUGGUUAACUUUCGACAUCAUUGGCGAUCUCGCAUUUGGAGAAUCAUUUGAUGCAGUCAAAUCUGGAGAAGGCCAUCCAUGGAUCAGUACCAUUCUCAGCGCCGUUCAUUUCAUGUCCCUCAUGGAAAUCUUUCGGCGCUUUCCAUUCUUAACGAACCCAAUCUUCAAGACAAUCGCAACGUUUUUCAUGCCCAAAGGCUUGAAAGAAAAGAGCAAGACUCAUUUCGAAAAUUCAAUGAAAAAAGCAAUUCAACGCAUGGAACGAGGAAACAACGAUCGCGAUGACUUCUUCUCGCAUCUACUUCGCGAGAAAGAGAAUGGACCAAAAAUCACCCCAGAAUUUAUUCUAGCCCAAUCUAAUACGCUUAUUGUGGCCGGUUCGGAAACUACCGCUACUUUGCUCAUAGGAGUAACUUACUAUCUUCUUAAUCGACCCGAAACACUACGAAAUCUCCAAGAAGAAAUUCGCAACACGUUCACAUCUUCGAAGGAUAUCACAAGUGAUUCUACAUCAGCACUUCCAUACCUCGCCGCCGUAAUUGAAGAAGGUCUCCGCAUCUAUCCACCCGUCCCCAUGGGACUUCCGCGCGACUGCCCGGGGGCUAUCAUAGACGGAGAGUACGUUCCUAAAGGUGCCGUGGUCUACGUAUCCGGAUACGUCGCUACCCACAACGAAGAAUAUUUCACCGAUGCAAAUGAAUUUCAUCCCGAGAGAUGGCUCCCAGUCUCUCAUCCCCUCUAUAAUCCCCGCUAUCAAAAUGAUAAUAAAGAUGCGAGUAAACCUUUCUCACUAGGUCCUAGAGCAUGUCUGGGCAUUAAUCUGGCGUACAUGGAGAUGCGAGUCGUGUUGGCGAAAUUGGCGUGGGAAUUUGAUUGGGAGUUGAAGAGUAAGGAGCUGGUUUGGGAAAGGGAUUCUAAGUUGCUUACGCUGUGGAAGAAACCGGAGGUGAGGGUUGAGUUUAAAGCCGUGGAUAGAUGA